ACACUCUAUUUUUGGAGUUGUCGUCUUUAUUGCGCGAUGGAAAAAGACUCGUACAAAGAAACCGCGUACAUUCGAGGGUAGAUCGCCGCGAUGCAUGUGCAUGAUGUAAUUUUCUCCGAGCGUACACCGUAAACGCGGUGACAGUCGUUUUCAUCGGACAAGCUGUGUACAUAUGUACUAGAAUAACAGCGACGUUAUUGCUCGUCGCGUGCCUUCUGCUCUUCUCUGCGUAAUCGGAGUACCGUAACACUACCACCAUGGCGUUCGCAGGGUUGAAGAAACAAAUUAACAAAGCCAAUCAGUAUAUGACGGAGAAGAUGGGCGGAGCGGAAGGGACAAAACUCGACGUCGACUUUAUGGACAUGGAGAGGAAAACCGAUGUUACGUACGAGCUGGUGGAGGAGUUACAAUUGAAAACGAAAGAAUUCCUUCAACCAAACCCAACGGCCAGAGCGAAGAUGGCAGCGGUCAAGGGCAUAAGCAAACUCAGCGGUCAGGCGAAAGCCUCGACUUAUCCCCAGCCCGAGGGUGUUCUCGGCGAUUGCAUGCUCACUUAUGGAAAGAAAUUGGGCGAGGACAGUGUUUUUGCUCAGGCUCUUAUAGAAAUGGGCGAGGCGAUGAAGCAGAUGGCGGACGUGAAAUAUUCGCUGGACGAUAACAUUAAACAGAACUUCCUCGAGCCUUUGCAUCAUCUGCAGACCAAGGACCUGAAAGAAGUGAUGCAUCACCGGAAAAAGCUUCAGGGACGAAGGUUGGACUUCGACUGCAAGCGAAGACGUCAAGCGAAAGCCGCUGGAAAAAGGUCAUCCAGUCCACAUUUUGGAAGUCCAGCGAAGUCUUCGUCACCGUACACCGGUUCUCACGUUUCAGACGACGAGAUUCGUCAAGCCGAGGAGAAAUUCGCGGAGAGUCUACAUUUGGCGCAACUCGGCAUGUUCAAUCUCUUGGAGAACGAUGUAGAACAAGUGGCACAGUUGGCAACUUUCAGCGAGGCUCUCUUGGAGUACCAUCAGCAAUGUAUCGAGGUUCUGAAAACGUUAACGGAAACAUUGUUGGAGAAAAAAGACGAGGCGGCGUGCAAACCGAAGAUGGAGUUCGUCCCGAAGACACUGGCCGAUUUACAUGUCGACGCGUUACCAACAUCGGAUGCUAUGAAUGGUGGGAACUUCUCCCUUUACGGGUCAAGUCGAGCCGGGUCUCCGAUUCAGGCGGACAGGCGCUCGCAGCUAGAGCUAUUCCCAUCCGGAAACCCGCCACAAUCUGCCAAUGCUUCUCCUUUGCCGUCUCCAAGCAAAUCGCCAGCCCGGAGUCCGAUGACGAGACAACCAUGCUGCACGGCAUUGUACGAUUUCGAGCCGGAAAACGAAGGAGAACUCGGUUUUAAAGAACACGAUACGAUCAAUUUGAUCAAGAAGAUUGAUGAGAAUUGGUUCGAGGGUAGCUUGAAUGGUCGCACUGGUUACUUCCCAGUAACAUACGUGCAAAUCGUAGUGCCAUUACCUAAUUAAGGGGAGACGCGCAAGCGUCUCGAAACCAAAGAAACAACCUUCGUUCACCGUAACAAUUGUCUUACGCUCCAAUUAGCCUAAAGAGUUUCUCUUUCAAUACUAUCGUCUCUAUCGAGAUCUCUUACGUUACUAUUACACGUUAGACUUGUUCGAAACGGAUGAAUUCCCCUCCGCAAGGUUUUACUCUAUUCUCGAUCGUUUUUUCGUUUCCCUCUUUCUCUAUUGUCUCCGAGAAUAGUUCUAUACACGCAUGUUAAUGUACAUAUAUGAAGUUACAUUACGAUGUCGUUUAUCGACGUAAGGACCUUCGCGCGCGUAGCAAACCAGAUUACGAUAUACAUACAUCCAUGUAUAUGAAGCAUAACAUUAUUCUACAAGUAAGUACACGUAUAAUCAUGUAUACAACGGUAGAGACACGUACCACGUUAGCGAGGCUGCGGAUACGAGUUUGUAUAUGUCCGCGAGGAGUGUAAUUGCACAGAAGUAUAGAUAAGUGUAGAGAAGUCGGUUCUAUCUAUAAGACGUAGAGCGAUGUGCAUAGGUAUCCGCAGUCAGGGGCGAGUUCUCGUAUCGAAAAGACAAGAAAAACUAUCGUCGCAUGUGUCAUAUGUAAUUUGCCGACACACAUCGCUCUAUGGUUUUUCUCAUCGAAAGUUCAAUUGCACAAAGUAAGCGGCAAAACUGUAUCGAAUAACUCUUCCGUUCUAACGAAUACUCUUUACCUCAA